CGCGAGCAAGAGGCGAUCCAAAGCAUUCCUGCUCGCUGCAACCCUCUCUGUCCCUUUAUUGUGAAAGCGCAGUAUUCUUCCAUAGGCCAUCGACAUUGCUGUCAAGCCCUGUGGCCCGUGCACUGACACGAUGCCGUCCUAAGUCUUGGAACGGAUAACAUGGCCAGCCAUGGCAACUAAACACGAAACAGACAUUCAAGAGAUACAUCGAGUUCCGGCAGCAGUAGCCGUUUCAGCCGCAAUCAACGAUGGUAAAAGACAUCUGCUUUUGGCCGCUUCUGGCUCUGUUGCCACUAUCAAAUUACCCAUGAUUAUUUCCUCGUUUGAAAAUCACAAGAACCUCUCGAUUCGAAUCAUCCUGACCGAAUCGGCAACCCAUUUCCUUGAUGGUCAAUCUCUAGAGCAACCGACGAUCUCUUCCUUGGCUUUACUCACCAAUGUGGAUGGCAUUUAUCUCAAUGACGAUGAAUGGAACCAUCCAUGGACGAGACAUUCGAAGAUACUACACAUAGAACUCCGCCGUUGGGCCCAUCUCCUCGCAAUUGUCCCGAUGUCGGCGAAUCUAUUGGCAAAGAUCACAGGGGGUCUCUGCGAUGACAUUCUUACCUGUGUCACCCGGGCAUGGAACACAAAACGUACAAUUAUUGCAGCGCCAGCGAUGAACACGUUAAUGUGGGAACAUCCCAUCACCACAAGACAAUUGGCCAUACUUGAGGAAUGGGAAUGGUUUGAAAUAUUAUCACCACAGGUAAAAGCAUUAGCAUGCGGUGAUGUCGGACAGGGAGCAAUGCGGGAUUGGAAGGAGGUUGCCGCCGUGAUAGACAAACGGCUAGGCAACCUAACAAGCUACGACAGUUCCGUAGCGGAGACUGUCAAUGGAGAGGGGUUGACAGGAGAGGAGAAUUAACCGCCCUGUCGAGCACCUACUGUCCAUUAAUCUCGACUUGGUCCCCGAGCACAAGUAGCAAUGCCUCAUAACUCAAAUCGGCAAGCUCUUCCAAGACGAGGCAGCCUGUUUCU